AUGGAAACCGACAUCACGAUUGAAGCGACUUCUUUGUGGAAUGAUUCUGAAGAGUCCAACAUCACACUUUCAAAAUGGCGGCCGGAUCCGGACAAAAGCGGUUUCCUCGGCGCAGUCGCAGUAGUCAUGCCGAUCGUCUUCUACGUCAUCUUUGUGGUGGGAAUUCUGGGAAAUUCCGUGGUGAUGUACGUUAUGAUUCGGCACACCAAGCUCCGCACCCCCUCAGACAUCUUCAUCUUCAACCUCGCCCUCGCCGACGAACUCUUCCUCAUCGGCAUCCCCUUCUUCGCCCAGCAGUUCAUCUCCGACGAGUGGACCUUCGGCUCUGCCAUGUGCAAGAUCGUCUACACCUUAGACAGCAACAACCAGUUUGCUAGCGUUUACAUACUCACCACCAUGAGCAUUGACCGCUACCUCGCCAUCAGCCACCCCUUUCGUUCCAUGUCCUUCCGCACACGUAAGGUGGCAACCUUUACCAACAUUGGCGUAUGGGUUGCCUCUCUUGCUUCGAUCUCCCCCGUCCUAGCCUUCGCACGCCAGAACACCUACCCUAACGGGAUGCGUGUUUGCGAGAUCAGUUUCCCCCAGGCUGACGACAUCUACUGGUUCACCGUCUACCAGUUCGUGCUCGCUUUCGCCCUCCCCGUUAUCAUCAUCACAUUUUGCUACACGAACGUGUUCCGUAAGCUCAGACAAGUGGUGAACCCGUUGGGAGCAUCAAGCGCCGAAAAGAAAACCAAAAAAGUGGCUAAGAUGGUGCUGGUAGUGGUCGUUGUCUUCUUGGUGUGCUGGCUACCAUAUUACGUCAUCGCUUUGGUUAAUAUGCAAAUGAGCUCCGGCCCUUCCUACGCUUUCCUCGUUUCGUACUUUGUCAGUAUCUGCCUCGGCUAUGCCAACAGUUGUAUAAACCCCUUCAUAUAUCUCUCCUUCAGUGCGAAGUUCAGAAAGCAUGCCAUCAACACGCUGUUUUGCAAAGAUUGCAGAAAAACGCGUGUAUUGCCGAUUCACCUUGACGAUGCGAUGUCGCUAAGGAAUCUAAACUUGGGCCGUGGGGCCGUGUAUUACUCCGCGGGGAACGACAGCGUCUUCGGUAGAAGCAGGCCCAUGGUGGCAUUUCCCGCUACUUUCCGAACGGUGUAAAAAGGAAAUCCAAUAUGGCGUAAUCAACACUGCCAUUUCUCAUCGCAUGGUGGCGUUGCGGCAAGCAUGCGGUCCAAAACGUGACUUGAGUCUUUAUACACCCUCUUACCAAUAAUAUGAAUUUAGAUUGCAUUGCAACGCAACCUACUAAACUAAAAAUACGUUUCAUUCCAAAAUAUAUGUCACAAGCAGAUAAAUCGUAAAAACUCGAAAAAA